CAAUGAACUUUAACCUCUUAAGACCUGAACUGCGGCUGAUAUAUAUUGUUAGUUAAGCAGAAUUAUCUACUGUGCUUAAAUAACCCACAAUGUGAUGUCCAUGUAUGUGAAUACCUGGUCUGUAAGAGGUUAAAAAAGACAAAAAAACAUACAAGAUAUAUCAAUAAUAUAAGAUUUCUGAUAAAAAUUAAAAAAUUUCAAUUUAAUUUCUUUAUUUCUUUUUAUUUCUUCAAAAAAAAAGGAACAGAAGGAAGAAAAUUUGUCUGUCUGCCCUAUUUUUUGGCUAAACACAUUUUAGAGUUAAAAAUAGCUAUAUAAUAAGAAAAAUUAUAAAGGUACUUUAACUAAGCAUGUCUCUACAAUUCUGCAAUACAGCAUAAACGUUUUUGGUUAACAUUAAACGAUUUGUCUUAGAGUAACCCAGAAUAUUCCAGAAACUGGCACUUUUUGUCUCAUUUCUAAUCUACGAUUUAUUAAGAAAUUAAAGGAAUAUCAUGUUUGAAAUGUGUUGUAAUCAGAUUACAACAAUUAAAAAGUAAUAAAAUAAAGUAGUUAAAAAGGGAUUUAAAAGCAGGAAAAUAUUGCAGAAAAAGUUAGUUAGUGAAUCAUUUUAAGAAAAAAGAUUAAAAUAGCAAAAUCCAAAGAAUAUUAAAUGUUUUAUUCAUAUUUUAAUGAAUGCACAAAAGAAUAUUGAUCUGAUGAAUCGUUUACAGAUCUAUUACGCCAGUUUAUAGCAAAACUGUUAAUUUCCACCUGUAGUUUCUUUGAAAUAUUUUCUUAGUUUGUUAAAUUUACAUGAAUAAAACAGAGUUAUAAUCUUUAAUGCAUAAAGACAGAGAGAAAACAGGAGAUACAAUAAAAAAAAAUACAUUUUAAAUAUAAUACUUUAAAUAUCUGUGAAAAAUGAGUCUAUAUAUUGAGUAUAAAACAACAUUAUUCUCUUUCAUUUUAAAGGAGUUGAGCACAGGUGAGACGCAUUAGGUUAAUGAUGGUGCACGUGUCAGUAAAGACGUGCACGCGGAGCAUUCACGCUCAACAGCUCUAUCUUUUGUCGCCGUCUUCUUGUAGUUCCUGUAUUGAACACACGGUGGCGACACUGAGUUAAUCAGCUCCAUGUGUUCUCCAGGCGCAAGUUUGGAGCUGAAGUUUUGUUGGAACGCUCGCGCUCAUGUGGGGAGAGGCAGAGAGAGAGAGAGGGGCUCCACAGAGCAGAGAACGAGGCACAAACCAGGAGCGACGGAGGAGACGCUUUCCCCAAAGACUCCCACAUUUUUUCUGACUGAAUAGUUCAGGUGCGCCUCCGAGCUGCGCAUCUGUUUUUGGGUCUGUCAGAGUAUUUUUUUUUUCUUUCUUUUCUUGGGAAGCUCUUGAAGACAAACAUUUUUGCGUUGUGGAUGUUCAGCACGGGCUCCGUUUGAACGCAGAUCCGGAGGAAUGUAUCCACGUUGGGUAGCAGAGAGUCUGCGUCUUUGGAGAUGUCCAGCCUGCGCACUCUGGGUCACCUUUCUCCACAUCUCCAUGAUCCUGCGCGCGUCUGGUGCUGAACUGCCACUGGAACCCAGUAUGUUAGCUGCCACUUCUCUGAAUAAAACAGGGUCCCCCUUCAUCCGGCUAGAUGCUCCCAUGAAUAAUAUAACCACCUCUCUGGGCCAGACGGCUGAGCUUCUCUGCCGGGUAUCUGGGAACCCGCAGCCCGACGUUCGCUGGCUGAAGAAUGACGCCCCUGUGGUGCAGGAGCCACGCCGAGUGUCAAUCCGUUCCAUGGCCUACGGGUCACGCCUGCGCAUCCGCAACUUGGACACCACUGACACGGGCUACUUCCAGUGCAUGGCCGCCAACUCGAAGGGAAGUGUGACCACAACUGGGGUGUUGUUUGUGAAAUUUGAUCCUCACCCUACACCUCUGCCAGGAAGACCAAUGGAUGAUUUUGAUGAAGACGGAUUCUGUCAGCCGUACAGAGGCAUCGCCUGCGCACGCAUUAUUGGUAAUCGCAGCAUCUUUGUGGACUCGCUGCAGAUGCAGGGGGAGAUUGAGACCCAGAUCACAGCUGCUUUCACCAUGAUCGGGACGUCCAAUCAGCUGUCCGACCAGUGCUCCAAGUUUGCCAUCCCUUCCCUCUGCCACUUUGCCUUCCCGUCAUGCGACCGCAGCUCGGGCUCCGACAAGCCCCGGGACCUUUGCAAGGAUGAAUGUGAGAUCUUGGAGAAUGACUUAUGCAAGACGGAGUACAUAAUCGCACGAUCCAACCCGCAUAUACUGAAGAGACUGAAACUGCCCAACUGUGAUGAGCUGGCUGCACUGGACAGUCCAGAGGCGGCCAAUUGUUUAAGGAUCGGGAUCCCCAUGCCGGAGCCCAUUAAUAAGAACCACAAAUGUUACAACAGCAGUGGGGUAGACUACAGAGGGACGGUCAGCGUGACCAAGUCAGGGCGUCAGUGCCAGCCGUGGAACUCGCAGUACCCUCACAGCCACACCUACCUGGCUGUCCGCUACCCGGAGCUCAACGGGGGUCACUCCUACUGCCGCAACCCUGGGAACAACCACGAGGCCCCGUGGUGCUUCACGCUAGACGAAGCGGUCCGCAUGGAGCUCUGUGACAUUUCCAUCUGUGAUCAUAACGACAAGGCGAGUGGCAACAUGGAGAUCUUGUACAUCCUGGUUCCCAGCGUUGCCAUCCCCUUAGCCAUCGCGUUGCUCUUCUUCUUCAUUUGUGUGUGCCGCAACAACCAGAUGUCCGCCAGGCCUCCUGCACCACGUCAGCCCAAACUGGUUCGAGGACAAAACCUUGAGAUAUCUGUGCUCAAUACUCCAUACAAAUCCAAGGGUAAAGCCAAAGAGCUUCCUCUCUCAGCAGUGCGCUUCAUGGAGGAGCUUGGCGAGUGUAAUUUUGGAAAGAUCUACAAGGGUCACCUGUACCUGCCAGGCAUGGAUCAGGCCCAACUUGUGGCCAUAAAGACACUGAAAGACGUCUCUAAUACCAAACAGUGGGCAGACUUUCAACAGGAGUCUGCGGUCCUGACCGAGCUGCAGCAUCCUAACGUGGUGUGCCUGCUGGGUGUGGUUACCCAGGAGCAUCCAGUCUGCAUGCUGUUUGAGUUCCUGCCACAAGGGGACCUCCACGAGUUCCUCAUCAUGCGAUCGCCACACUCUGAUGUCGGCUGCAGCAGCGAUGAAGACGGCACUGUCAAGUCCAGCCUGGACCAUGGGGAUUUCCUACAUAUUGCCAUACAGGUCUCUGGUGGGAUGGAGUACUUGGCCAGCCAUUUCUACAUCCACAAAGACCUCGCAGCUCGGAACAUCUUAGUAGGAGAGCAGCUACACGUAAAGAUUUCUGACUUGGGUCUCUCCAGAGAGAUCUACUCCUCGGAUUACUACUGCCUCCAGCCCAAAACGCUGCUGCCCAUCCGCUGGAUGCCCCCCGAGGCCAUCGCUUACGGCAAGUUCACAACAGACUCAGACAUCUGGUCGUUUGGAGUCGUACUUUGGGAGAUUUUCAGCUACGGCUUGCAGCCCUACUAUGGCUUCUCUAACCAGGAAGUGAUGGAGAUGGUGAGGAAAAGGCAGCUGCUGCCCUGCCCCGAGGACUGCCCACCAAGGUUUUAUGGGUUGAUGACUGAAUGCUGGCAGGAAGGACCAGCACGUCGCCCCCGCUUCAAGGACAUCCACACCCGCCUGAGAGCCUGGGAGGGGCUGUCAUCCCACGCCAGCUCCAGCACGCCCUCUGGUGGAGGAGGAAACGCCACCACUCAGACCACUUCACUCAGCGCCAGCCCCGUUAGCAACCUCAGCAACCCUCGAUUUGCUGCUGCCACCGCUGCAGGCUACCUCUACCCGGCCCAGGCCAUUCCUGCACCUGGGCAGAUGGCUCCAAUUCCCGCCUGGACACCCAUGGCUGUACCCCAAACCCACCAGCGCUUUAUUCCCGUCAACGGGUACCCCAUUCCACCGGGGUACACAGCUUUUCCCGCACACUUUGCGCCCCAAGCUCCACCCACUAGAGUAAUCCAGCACCAUUUGCCCCCGCCGAAGAGCCGCUCGCCCAGCAGCGCCAGCGGUUCCACCAGCACAGGUCACGUAAGCGGCGUGCCCUCCACCACCGGCUCCACCCACGAGGCCAACACGCCGCUGCUUUCCCACUGCAUCAUGCCGGGCAGCAGCGGAGGCCAGGCUCAAGUUUACGGACAGAAAGGAGCACAGCUGGAUCACAUGUCGCAAACUUCAGCGCUGCUCAGUCCAGACUCUGACGUAAUGAUGUACAACGACUCAGUCAUCACUGCAGACCUGUAGAUGGGCACAGGAACAAUCUUCCUGCUUUGGACCCUCAAAGGGAAGUCUGGACUCCCUACAGAACCCAUGUGGGUGUGCAAGAAACUGCUGCAGCCCCACAAGUGUUAGAGCAGGACUGCCCUCCUUUCUGUUUAUAGCAAGUGUCCUUACUAUCAUGGUUUGAAAUGCUAUUUGAACCGCUGUAAAUACAGUACAUAAGUCAUACGUGAAUGAAUGAAUGAUCUAUAUUCAAAGAGCUGUGUAUUAAACACUUUAAAGGUGAAAGAUGACGAGUU